AGCACGAAGAACAUGCGUCGGAGUUUCUCUCUCUUCCUUGAAUUCAUUCAAUUGGCCACGGCGACAAAAGAGGGAGCGAUAGAGGAAACUGAAAAUAUCAUACUGGCAAGAUCUGAGAUCUCUGGUGUUGCAUGCAAACCCGUUAUACUCCGCCGUAUUUUCGCAUCUGGGUCAAUUCUAAGCCCUAGAAUUUGACUAAGACUCUGAAGAUCUGAGUUUCUUAAAAGCUCCGAUUUUUUUUGUUUUGUUUCUGGGAAUCAAAGAGAGAGAGAGAGAGAGAGAUGAAUAUAGGUGGCGUAGUCUGGAACGAGGACGAUAAAGCGAUUGUUGCUUCAUUACUGGGCAAACGAGCUCUCGAUUACUUGCUUUCGAAUUCCGUACCAAAUGCAAAUCUCCUGAUGACUGUAGGAAGCGACGAGAAUCUGCAGAACAAGCUGUCGGAUCUCGUGGAGAGACCCAACGCUUCGAACUUCUCAUGGAACUACGCCAUUUUCUGGCAGAUUUCGAGGUCAAAGGCCGGAGAUUUGGUGCUCUGUUGGGGAGACGGAUCUUGCAGAGAGCCUAAAGAAGGAGAGAAAUCAGAGAUCGUGAGAAUUCUGAGUAUGGGAAGAGAGGAAGAAACGCAUCAGACGAUGCGCAAGAGGGUGUUGCAAAAGCUUCAUGCUUUGUUCGGUGGGUUAGAGGAAGACAACUGCGCUUUAGGACUAGAUAGGGUUACAGACACUGAGAUGUUCCUUCUUGCUUCCAUGUAUUUCUCAUUCCCUCGUGGGGAAGGCGGUCCAGGGAAGUGUUUCGACUCUGGUAAACCGGUCUGGCUGACCGAUGUGGUGAAUUCGGGUUCUGAUUAUUGCGUUAGGUCGUUUCUUGCUAAAUCUGCUGGAGUCCAGACGAUUGUCUUGGUUCCUACCGAUAUCGGUGUGGUUGAGUUAGGCUCUACUAGAUGUUUGCCUCGAAGUGAGGAGUCAAUGUUGUCUAUAAGAUCCUUGUUUUCCAGUAAUUUGCCUCCUCCGGUUCCUGCUUUGCCUGUUGUCGUAGCUGAGAAGAACGACGAUAACAGAACGGUUACUUCGUCAAAGAUAUUCGGCAAGGAUCUGCACAAUUCGGGUUUUGUUCAUCACCAUCAACAACAGCCACAGCCACAACAACAACAACAUAGGCAGUUCAGAGAGAAACUUACGGUUAGAAAAAUGGAUGAUAGAGUGCCAAAGAGAUUAGAUGCUUAUCCGAAUAACGGGAACAGGUAUAUGUUUUCGAACCCGAGCACCAACAACAACACUCUUCUGAGUCCUACAUGGGUCCAACCGGAGAUGUACACGAGGACGAACAGUGUGAAGGAAGUCCCGAGCACUGAAGAUUUCAAGUUUCUACCUUUGCAGCAAUCGUCGCAGAGGCUGCUUCCUCCUGCUCAGAUGCAGAUUGAUUUCUCCGGUGCGAGUUCGAGGGCUUCUGAGAACAAUUCAGAUGGAGAAGGAGGAGCGGAAUGGGCAGACGUGGUCGGCGGUGACGAGACUGGUAACAACAGACCGAGAAAACGCGGAAGAAGACCUGCCAACGGAAGAGCGGAGGCUUUGAACCACGUGGAAGCAGAGAGACAACGGCGCGAGAAGCUUAACCAGAGGUUUUACGCCCUGAGAUCAGUUGUUCCCAACAUUUCUAAGAUGGACAAAGCGUCAUUGUUGGGAGACGCGGUUUCUUACAUUAACGAGCUUCAUGCCAAGCUCAAGGUGAUGGAAGCAGAGAGAGAGAGGUUAGGGUAUAGCUUAAAUCCGCCCAUCAGCUUGGAACCGGAGGUUACUGUUCAAACCGUAGGUGAAGAUGUUUCAAUGAGAGUCCACUGUCCGUUGGAUUCCCAUCCGGCUUCUAGAAUCUUCCAUGCGUUUGAAGAGGCUAAAGUAGAAGUGACAAAUACGAAACUGGAAGUUUCUCAGGACACAUUGUUGCAUACGUUUGUGAUCAAAUCUGGAGAGUUAACGAAAGAGAAGCUGGUCUCGGCGUUAUCUAGAGAGCAAUCCAGUUCUGUUCAGUCAAGAACAUCAUCAGGUAGAUAGCCUUUUGAGAGACGGAAGAAGGUGAAAAGUAAGUUUGUAAUGAAGAACCGGUUUUGAAUGGUUCUUUUUCUUCUAGGGUUCUUUUGUUUUUGUUUUUGGUUAUAUACCUGUAAGAAUCCUCCAAACUAGGAUAUUGUAGAAGUUUUAUUGACAAAAGUAGACAUUCUCAUCUCAAUACAAUAGGUCAGUGGCCAAACUUGAAAGAAGAAAACCCAUUAUGUUUAUGAGUUAAUUACUUGUUUCCCAUUAUGUUUAUGAGUUAAAUACUUGUUUCUUGUAAAGUCAUGGACUUGAGAGUGGGUUCUUCUUCGUAGAGGAGUUCAACAAAUCAUUGUCUCG